GUCCACUCCAAAACCCGCGAAGUAAAAGGAAAAUUAAAAGUACCGAAAAAUAUUUUAAAAAAAGUAAAAAAAUUAAUUAAAGCGGAAAAAAUAAAAAGGGAGGAGUGGGUACUCAGUUCUCACUCAUUAGAAGCGAAGCGAAGCCAAGCGAAGUAGCAGCAGCAGGAAGCAGAAGCUGUUGUUUCCCCGACUGAAAUCUGGAAAUCUGCCCGAUCGAAAUCCGCGGCAAGCGGAUAUCGGAUCUGAGCGCGCGGUUGUUGAUGGAAAACAAGAUCGGCUCGAACGACGGCGUUCCCGAAUGGGAUUUCUCCGGCGAUGGAUGCGGAGGAAUCGCUUAUCUAUGCAGUGAUGGAGACGGCGGAGGGCUCGGAUGGGCCCCGCCGAGGAUUCGGGAGGAAGAACACGACACGUGGUGCUCGCUCCCGCCGCAGGAUUUCAGCGAAGCUGUCGGUUCCGCUGCAGCGAGAUCCGGCGGCGAUGCAGUCUCGUCGAGCUCAAGCGAGGGUCAUGCGGCGGAUCCCGGCGAUAAGCCGCCGGCCGAUUCAACGAAUAGUAAAAGUAGUAAGAAAGUUCAAAAGAGAGUCCGUCAACCAAGAUUUGCUUUCAUGACUAAGAGUGAAGUAGAUCAUCUUGAAGAUGGCUAUAGAUGGAGAAAAUAUGGGCAGAAAGCAGUCAAAAACAGCCCAUUUCCAAGGAGCUACUACCGUUGCACAAAUAGCAAAUGCAUUGUAAAGAAGCGUGUUGAGCGGUCUUCUGAUGAUCCCUCCAUCGUCAUCACAACCUAUGAAGGCCAGCAUUGCCACCACACCGUUACCUUUCCCCGCACGGCUACCCUCGGCUUUCACGACCACAUUAGAACUACUUCAUCAUUAUUAGCCAAUAUAUCUCCGCCGCCGCCCCUGUUGCCGCUCCCUUCGCCGCAGCUUUAUUUUCCGGUGCCUUCACCGCUCCAGCCAUUGCCGGAGCUCCCGACUGUACUUCCAAAUGAUGAUGGCCUCUUGGGAGAUAUUAUCUCCCCAGGAAUGAGGGGAAGGCGAUGACCAAAUUUAAUUCAUCGGUCAUAAUAAUAAUACGAGAGAAUAUCUGACCAUUUUUAUAGCUGUUGCACGCGCAAUGUUAAUUAGUCGUGUCAUUAAGUGGUAUAGUUAUACAUGGCCUCCUAUAACCUUACCUUGUAAUGGUUAGCAUUUGUCUUAUCAUGGUAGUUCAUGGUCUCUCUCUCUCUCUCUAUAUAUAUAUAUACAUUGUGGAAGAAGUGCAUAUAGUUAAGGAGGAAUUAGUUAGUUGGUAUUGAUUAUUUAUAUUCUUAUGAUUGAUAUCAUGAAGGUGA